AUGAAGCAAUGCAAACAACCAGUUGACAAAUAUAUUGAGUUAGAUGAUUUACUGGUGUUUAUUGAUUUUUUAUUACUGAAAAUUCAAGCACAUCGACAUGUUUUAUUUAAUAUUGAAAGUAUAAGUCGUAAUCAUAUUGUAAAAUUGGCAUGUGCCCUAAUAUUAUCAAAUGCUUACAUCAAAUGGUUUCAUCUGAAGAAUGAACAAUUUCAGUCAAUUUUAAACCAUGAUCAUCACAUAUUUUAUGCACUCGAGUGGGGUUUUUAUUUCAAAUUUAUACUAUUUCUUCGUGCAUUUAUAUUAGCAAGUAUUGGUCAACUGUUUGUUUUACCAUUAUUAAUUUGGAAUCCAUCACAUAAAGAGUACUAUGGAGGAUUAAGUAUUGUCUACGUCGCCUUAUGCAGUACACAAGCAUUAAAUGCUAGUGAAUUAGCAUCACCAUUUCUCUCAUUGAUUGCAUCAACUGUAUCCAUUUUAAUGUCAAAAUGGUUCGUGUCAAUCUGGAAGAUUUCCUAA